UCGAGAUUCAAUCUUGUCAGUUGGUGCGACCUGCACAAGACUCCGGUGAUGAAAACCUGUGAAAUAGGAAUGGACAAUUGUGUCCGGCCGCGCACGGACUCUAGUGCCGACAUAGAGGGCGACAAGCGGCGACUGGUCAGCAAACAAGGAAACUACCGUGUCCGACUGGAAAACGUGGAUACCAACAUCCUCAAAAACUACAUUAGGGACGCCUUCACAACGCUACUCGACACAAAAUGGCGAUGGAUUUUGUUGAUUUUUGUGAUGGGUUUUAUUUUGACUUGGACUGUGUUUGCUUGUUUGUAUCUUCUGUUUAGUUACAUUAAUGGAGACACCCAAGACUCGUACGGCCACGACCCGUGCCUAACUAACGUGCGUGAUUUUACCACAGCAUUUCUUUUUUCUUUAGAGACCCAACAUACAAUCGGGUACGGCUCUCGGGCCUCUACCACAGCAUGCCCACAUGUCGUGUUCUGUGUGUUUCUUCAGUUUAUCAUCGGGAUCGGGGUACAGUGUCUCACAGCUGCCCUCGUUUUCACAAAGUUACAGAGUGCAAAAAAGCGUGGAGAUGCUAUCAUCUUCAGCCAACAGGCCUGCUUGGGGGUCGUUGAUGGUCAGUGGCAGCUGAUGGUUCGGGUGGGUGACUUCCGACGCUCUCACCUCGUGGAUGUGAAAGGUGUGGGUAGAUUAAUCAAAAGGACACCAAUUCCCCACACCAACCAAGAAUUCCUAGAUCAAAUCCCUAUCGAGUUCAAAUCGGAGGGCGGAGGAGACACACUAACCUUGUUAUGGCCAGCAGUGAUGUAUCAUACAAUUGACGAGAAUAGCCCCUUAUGGCCGCCAGAAAAUCUACAUUUGUUUGGAAAUUUUUCAGAGUUAGUCGUGAUGAUAGAGGGCGUGAUAGAGUCAACUAGCAGGGUAAUACAAGUGAGAACCUCCUAUCUGCCGGAUGAAAUCAUUAUGGGAUGCAAGUUUCAGACAAUCAACCCUGGUAUUGACGAUGAUGGGAAAUACCACUGUAGUUAUUUCGACAUCAGUACAGUGUGUCCCAUUAUGAAGAACGCACCAAGAGCAAGACGGAAGUCUGGAUACAUUAAUGAGCGAUACUCGUGAUAGAAUGGAUUCGAUACAGUACUAUGUUUUAUCUAACAAUGAAAGUCCCAAUUAAUGUGAAGGAAACUCGACAAGAAGUGCGAAAUAGACAGUUUGUUAGCUGUGCCAUGUCUUCCGGCUAUGUUCUGACAGGUUCGGUGUCAAUAUGUCGGCUUACUGCGGUCUGUUUACGCGUAAUGACACACCAGGUUUUCUCUUCUUACUGCAUUGUUUGUAUUCGAUUUUUACAUGUAUUCAUAAAAAAGACACGCUCGAUC